AUGGAAAAAAGAUUGCGUAUUCUUGAUAGCAUGUACAAAGCCACAGCUCCCCGCCAGGAGCUUGCAGAUGCUACUAUUAACGGCAAACCAAUCUCAAUCGAAGCAUAUGUAAAGAAAGAUAACCCGAAUAAGCCACAGUACGUCAACAGAAAGAGCGGAAUGAAUGAUGUGUUCACAAACAUAUUCAUCCGUAAUCUCCCUGACUCCGUUCGCUCUUUAGCUGACUUGGUAACAUUAUUCGUCGACUUCGGACCAGUUAUCUCUGCCCGUAUUAUUUUAGACAAAAAGGCCGGAUUUUGCAACAUGGCAGACCAUGAUUCCGCUGUCCGCGCCCUUAAUGGACUUAACGGCAAGAUUCUUUACGGAAAUACCCUUAUUACAUGCAGAGCAUUGACCAAAGAGGAGCGCUUGGCUUUCCACCAGAAGAGCGCUUAA